AUGAUUUCCGACGGUGAUCUUUACCGACUCGCCAUCUUCCUUGGCUCCUGUGCCAUGAUGAUGAUCGUCCUCUACCACUUCCUCGACGUCAAUGCUCGUGACGACGACGAGCAGGUGGAAAAUACCUCUGGAAAGUCUGCGCGCGCAACACUCAAGACCACCCCUAUGGCCUCGACAGAGGCCAAUGCACCCCCAUCCUCGACGACGGGCUCUACGGCAUCGCUAUCAUCGACAUCAGCGACGUCCUGA